AUGUGUCAAGGUCUGAAAGGGGCAAAGGAAUUUGCUAAUGGGUGCUGCUGGUCUGUAGAGAGUUUGCCUGAUGUAAUGCCACGUUCUGUGAAGGUGAAGUCGGAGGCUACGUUAGAGACUGUACAGGAGAUUGCCAUCUAUCUUCAUAGGUUUCACAAUCUUGACCUUUUCAAGCAGGGAUGGUAUCGGAUUAAGAUUACUGUGAGAUGGGAGGACAGUGAAAAUAUAUCUUUCGGUAUUCCAGCUAGUGUUGUUCAAUAUGAAGACGACGUCAUUCCAAAUGCAGGGUAUAAGAAUGGUGUUGGCUGCCCUCUUCUCCUUGCGGUCGUUAGAAUCCUAGAGCUCAUGUUUCUCCCCGUUCCUCCUGAUCUGGAUCCUAGCAGUAUACAUGGUGGAUGGAGGAUCGAUGAUACAGAUAAUAGUUUCUCAACACCAUCUUUUCGGAUAAAAUAUGCUAGGCAGGAUGAUUUACUUGCAACUGCUGUCAUUUUAAAGUUUGAGCUUAUAUACGCUCCCAUGACUGACGAUGGUGCUGACUUGCAAGCUUCUAUGGAUGCUUCCUCUGCUGCUAUCCAUGAAUUCCGAAUUCCUCCUAAAGCUCUUAUAGGAUUGCAUUCGUACUGUCCUGUUCAUUUUGAUGCUUUACAUGCAGUGCUUAUUGAUGUAAGUGUACAUGCCAGUCUACUAAAAGCUGCCUCUCAUUCAUCUGCAUCAAAGUUACCCAGCAACUCUGCCAACACUGAAGUCAUUGCUGAUACGAGCUGCGAGACUUUGAAUAAAGUCUCUGGUGGAGUUGGUUCUCUAGAUAUGAAAAGUGCCAUGCUUGUUAAAGCAUUAUUAGCUGCACGUGAUAUAUUGUUUGAAGAACUACAAAAAAUUAGCAAGGCAGUUAAUGAAGCUUUAGAUUUUACAGAGUUUCUGUCAGUAAUGAGUAAUAUGAAGCAUGAGAAUCAUUUAGCAACAAAUGAUGUUGUAGUACAAGACAAGCCACAAAAUGAUCUUAAGAUUAUAGGGAUUUUACAUGAUGUAUGGGCUAGGAACCGGAAAGCUGAAUGGUCAAUAUGGAUGUUGUAUUCUAAGGUAGAAAUGCCUCAGCAUUAUAUAAGCAAUAAGGGUGAUGAGACUUCCCAGCGUGUACAGAAACGAGUUUCCAGUUUGUGGAAGUUACCUGAUGAUCCUAUUCAGACUGCAGCUACACGCGCCGAACUUCAUCGAAAGAGCAUUGAACAAAUGCAGAUUAACAACCGCUCAAUUCAAGACAUGCAGAUAUUUGGGGAUCCCUUGCGUACACCAAUUGUGAUUGUUGAACAUGUGAUGAGUGUACCCCGGCGUUUUCCAAGUGAAAAUUCAUUACUCAAACAUAUUGGCCAUAUAGAUUCAGAUGGCUUCCCAAUUAGCCUUAACCUGGAUACUAUAGGCAAGAAAUUUGCACCACAAAGUAAUGCUCGUGUGUUGAAGAUUGUUGUCUUUGUGCAUGGGUUUCAGGCAUGUCUUGUGGAUUUUAUUCCAAAACUAUACCUUCAUUGUGAAAAUGGACUAUCCUGGCCUCAGUCAUCAUACCAGGCUAACUAG